AUGACUAUCCGUUCCUUCCCCUUCGUCAUCGUUGGUCUCAGUGUUCUUCAGGGCAUCACAUACGUGAUGGGUAACACCACCGAGUGCGAUGCCGAGUGUGCCGCCACCUAUCCCGGGUCGUAUUGUAAAUACUGGCAGACACCUAGCAGGUGCUUUGGCUCCAACGUCCCUUGUUACUGCGGGUCGGGUGAGACAACUGAAGUUCCCCGUAAUUGUGAUGCUGGUUGUGCCUCGGAUACUCCUGGCUCCUACUGCAAGUACUGGGCUACACCAAGCACCUGCCAUUCAUCCAAUGCGCCAUGCACUUGCGAGGCUGCUGCAGUUACCACUACUCCAAGUGAAGCCACCGAUGAAGUCACUGAGACUACCACAAUCCAGGACGGCACAACAGCCGCUCCCGAAGAAACCAAUACGGCCACUUCUGUUACUGCUGACACUACCGGAAUGGUAACUACAGCCGAUGCGGCUGAUGUUCCUACCGACGCUCCUGUCGAGCCUACCACUGUUGCACAAACGACCAGCACAGCAGCUCCCUCGGAAGUAACCACAUCUCCGGAUGUUACUGGAGAGGCCUCAUCCACCACAUUUGCUGCUACUACAACAGACGACGUCGCCACUAAUCUCGCGACUACAGCUGACUUCCCAGUCACUACUAUCAGUGCCACCACCAACGUUGAUGUCAUCACCGAAGCCUCAGCGACAACGACUGAGUGGCCGAUUCUCACGCUACUCCCAGCCCGAGUGUGUGAAGACAUUUUGGAUGAAGCUUUGAAGUGUUAA